UUGUCUGACAAUUUUUUAACAGACAUUCCCGACAAUUUGUUUUGCUCAAUUCAAAACUAAAAAGUCUUGAAAUGUCAAAGACAAGGCUGAGGUCUCUAGAUUUUCUGCUCCAUGCUAACCUCACAGAGCUGGAGGUGUUGCAUGUGGCGUAUAAUACCUUUUCUGUGAUUAGAGAGCCAGUGAUGCUGUCUCUGUCGGCACUUACUUACCUGAAUAUGCAGGGUAAUAGCUUCACCUGUAACUGUGACAACGCGUGGUUCCACCAAUGGGUAAUCACCAACAAGCAAACACAAGUGUUUGAUGCAUACAACUUUGAAUGCAGCUACCCUCCAAACCUUAAAGGUAGAGAAAUGUUGCAGAUUGACUUCAGUUCUUGUACAGUAGACACAGACUUCAUCUGUUAUAUUUCAACGGCAUGCGCGGUCAUCAUGACCUUAGCAGUCUCCUUCACCCACCAUUUUCUACAAUGGCAUCUGGUCUACGCGUACUACCUCAUGCUGGCCUUCCUUUACAACUCAAAGAACAAGGACAAGCGUGCUCAUCAGUACGACGCCUUCGUCUCCUACAACACAAACGAUGAAGGCUGGGUGCUGGGGGAGCUGCUGCCCAAGCUGGAGGACGAGCAGGGCUGGAGACUGUGUCUGCACCACCGAGACUUCCAGCCAGGUAAACCGAUCAUGGAAAACAUUACAGACGCCAUCUAUGGCAGCCGGAAGACCAUCUGUGUGGUCAGUCGCGAUUACCUGGAGAGUGAAUGGUGCUCCAGAGAGAUCCAGGUUGCCAGCUUCCGUCUGUUUGACGAGCAGAAGGACGUGCUGAUCCUGGUGUUCCUGGAGGACAUUCCCAUGCAGCAACUGUCUCCGUACUACCGCAUGAGGAGGCUCCUGAAGAGACAAACCUACCUGAGCUGGUCCCGCGCAGACGCACACCCAAACCUGUUCUGGGAGAAGCUCCGGCAGGCCCUGGAGACCCAGGAGCACCCAAUGGGGGAGCAUAUACUGCUCACCGUGGAGGACGGACCCCCUGGAGAGAGACCAGACCAGUAAAAGGCUAAGAAAUGCUUGGGCGGGGUGAGGGAUUAUACUACAGACACCCGAGGUCUGUCUUUAUGGGGGGAAAGUAAAACUGUUCCACUUGACAGCUUUUUUUGUUUUUGUGUAUUGUAAAACCCCUUCUUAAUCUAAUUAAUGGGUACAUUUGGUGUGGAUUUGUAUUUUUAUUCAUUGCGACAUCGGUGUAAACAUUGUAUAAUGUUUUCCAAUUUGUGCGGUUGGGCGUUUCUACUUAUAAUGAAAUCUGGGGAAAAAUGACCUGAGGUUUGUCUUCGACAAUGAAGACACCUUCAGGGUGGGAGUUCUGUUGUUUGCCAAUCGUUGAGUUUAUUAGCUCAAGUGCUAACCAAUCAUUAGCAUGCAAAGGUAUGUAGUCUGCCAUCACUAUAACAAGGGUGAAGUUCCCUAAGUGUAUGGAAAGGCCUGCAUUUCAAGAUAUGUUCCAGAUCGGGUGGGCAAAAAAUGUCCUUGACAUUUGUGUCUGUGUACCAAACAACGUUAUCGCUUGUUUCUUUGCGUAGCCCUAUAACUUAUUAUUGUAUCAAGGCCUUACUUAAAAGGGGAAACUAUGGUCAUUGUUAAUUUGAAAUUAAACUUUUUUUCUUUUCUAAAACACAUAUCAAAGACUGCAACUUUACCAUCUGUAAAAGGUUGAGUAUUUCUAAGCCUGACUUUGCCCGUGCACAUUGCUGUGAAUUGACCCCUAGAGGGCUGCCAUGUAUAAAGCGCCAUUGAUAAAAGUUUAUAUUAAUCAAAUAGUUUGUGUAAGAAUCAAGUUUUAUGAUGGAUAAGUAGGAUUAAGGAUCAAUGCAGGUUCAAUAUUAACCUAAUUUAGAAGAUGAAUCUGAAACUGCUGCUUUUCUUCAAUAUUAAUUGAAUUAUAAGUAAAAUUCUUGUACACAGAAGAUAUUUUUUUCGAUAUCAUUGUUACGCUGCACUAGACUUUUACACCUUAAUCCUAUCACUAUGCCAUAUGUCAUGAUUAAAUACACAUGUAUACAGUGGUGUAUAGUAACAAAGUAGAAAUACUUUGUUGCUGUACUUUUACUUUUUACUUUUGGGGGAUUUGUACUUGACUACAUUUAGUAUUUACAUUUCUAGCAUCUUUCACUUUUACUCGGCUACUUUUCCUAAAUAAAAGUUAAUAUACCCUCA